AUGAAAGUAAUUGAAAAAAUGUAACUAACUAACUAUAUUAAUUCUAAACUAGAUUGGUAUAACACAUUGAAAGUUUUUAUUACCAAAAAGCAAGAUUUAAAAAAUAUCUAUAAAAAUAUUAGAAGUGAUGAAUCACAUAAUAUUUGUAAGAUUCAGGCAACACAGUUUAGGAGAUCAGAAAUACACUUUUUUUUUGUUUGUUUGCUUGUUUAUUAUAAAUAAAAUAAUAAUUUGAAUUAUUAUUAAUAAAUAUUAAAAAUAAUAUGA